UUGGUUGUUAUGGCGGUGAAAAACCCGAAAAACACUCGCUUGGAUCAUCGAUCAGCAGAGUAGUUUUAGAAAUUAUGUUACUGACUUUCAUUUUUUGAAUCAGUAUUUUAGAUCGUCUUAGCCUUUUAAAUUUACGUUCAUAUUUUAUUUCUCCAUUUUUAGUGAAGAGUCUUUAGAUAUUUAUUUAUGUUAAACAAACAGUGCAAUUGGACUUUGAUGCCAAGAUAGAAUUUGUACCUAGUUGGUGUAAUAGAUACCCAUUUUUAUUGGUAACAUUGUCCCGCUUUACAAUAAGUAAGCUUUUAUUGAUUGGACGUUGAAAUCUGAACAAUGCUUGUCAUAAUUGAGUCCACAAUUUGUGGAAAUGUGGCUGGAUACCUGCAGUGUACCGUCACAGGUAAUGAAACUAUAAAUAGCCUGCUGUCAACAUACUGUGAAGCCAAGGGAAUUCAAGUAAAUCAAAAUUUUUUACUUCGGGACCAAAAAGGAGUUGUGCUUGACAGUAGGAAAACUGUAUCAAAUAGUGACAUCAAAGAUGGGGAUACUCUCUAUCUUGAAAUCAAAGGAACGCAAAAUGGCAUGUUUCGUUUUACCAGCUGGUGGUUGCUGGCCAUGGGAUCAAUCUUCAUUGCUUUUGGGGGUUUCGCAAUUGUUGUUGCCCUACAUCUUUUGACGGGACCUACCCCGAUUGAGUUUGGCGUCGUCCUUGAUGGCGGUUCCAGUCACACGGCUCUUUUCGUUUACCAAUGGCCUGGACCCAAAUGGAAAGGCACAGGUGUUCUCCAGCAAAUUGGCAAUUGCAACAUAGUUGGUGACAUUGCCAGCUUUUACAAUAACAUCAGCGGCGUGGACGCCUUCUUAACACCAUGUUUGACGUACGCCAGCAGCCAAGUCCCUUCUGCUAGUCAUUUAACCACUCCAAUAUAUUUUGGGGGCACAGCUGGAUUACGAUUACUGAAUAUUAGCCAGCCAAGUGCAACUAGUGUUCUACUUGACUCGAUUCGCAACCGACUUAGUCGGUCGGGAUUUAGAUUCGAGCCUUCUUACGUUGAAAUUUUGUCAGGAAUGGACGAGGCCCAAUUCAGUUGGGUUACAGUCAACACCCAACUGCGAAAUGUUGGACCUGAUCAUCGAAGGAUGUACUUGAGGGAGAAUUCUCAAGAGACAGUUGGUGCAUUGGAUUUAGGCGGAGCAAGCACACAGUUGGCUCUAGAAACGUCAAGUGGUCGCGAAACCAUGUGGAAUUCGACAAGCAAAUCGAGUGGGAUGUGGAGAGAAGAUGACGUAUCGAAUUUAGAAUUGUACAGCCAAAACUACUCUGUAUACAGUCAGAGUAGUUUGUGUUAUGGUCUUUUGGAAGUUAUCAAACGCUAUCAAUCAAUGCUCAUCGUUGAAGGUGAAAACAAUGGAUUGAAAAUAUUGGAAAGUCCAUGCCAACCUUUAGGUCACAGCGUUGUGAUAAAAGCCAGCAAUGUUUUCAAUUCACCGUGUUCCGAGAACCGAUCGACCACUGACGAAGAAUGGACUUUGAACGGGACCAGCAAUUACCUGAAGUGCUCUAAUAUGAUUGAAAGCCUUUUCAACGCUAUCUAUUGCCAGUCACAUUUUCUGCCUGCAACCUGCUUCUCCAAUCAAGGCCAGCCAUCUCUUGAAAAUCAAGACUUUCUGGCAUUUUCCAGCUUUACAAUUUUGACAAGAGAUUUGAACGUUACCAAUAGUAGCUCAUUGGCGAAUUUCCGCAAUGCAGUCGAAUCAGUAUGCAAUAUGACCUUGGAUGAGAUUUCGGACAUUCCGUUAACAGUCCCUAAUUCAUCCUUCAUACCGCUCCUUUGCUUGGAGACACAGUACAUACUGUCAUUGCUGACUUCCGGAUAUGGUUUUGAUGAUCAAACGUGGCAGGGUCUUCAUUUUGUUAAACAAAUCGAUAACACGGAACUCGGAUGGGCGUUGGGUUACAUGACGGAGAAAACGAACCAGAUUGCCGCCGCAGAAGCAUCUAUUCUACUAGCCACUCCGAUCUUCAUCGCUCUUGCGAUUCUAUUUAGUCUUUUCCUGGUGGUUGGCUCACUACUCGGAUACCACGCCGUGCGGAUGAGACGCUCCGCCAAUUCAUACAGCAGGUUGCGACAUCAUACAUACGGGACUUUGAACCUGUCACUCUAGACCUAUCCAUUAAGAUUUGCUUUGUUCAGUUAACCACAGCCAUCCUCGAUAUCCUCUUAGGGCACUGCUGCUGAAAAUCGACGAUGAACUGGAACGAUUCCUGCCAAUUUUUGAUUCCAACGAGCAAGAGGUUGAUUAAUUCGCCACGUCAUACUUCCUUUGUACCAGAAAUGCAUUUAAUUAUCAUAACGGUGGGUACAAAGCUCGUGCCCAAUAACUGUAUUUUCACGAAGUCAGUUUUAGUUUUUUUUCCUUCAAACGUCUGCAUUUGCAUAUUUUAUCGAUUGAGGAAUUUUAAUAAACGCGGAUUAUUUCCCGAUA